GGCCUCUUAUUACAGAGAAAACAAUCGCUAGCCAUUAUAAUUCAUAACACGCUGAGUUAUUUUGACGAUAAUCAGAGACGAAUCUCGUGCAAAAUUUUAUUAUUUGAAUAUCUUUUAGAAGGAAAAUGAGACCUUAUAGUAUUCGAAAAGAAGAUAAUAAAUACAUCCAACCAGCCAUUACUAACACUACGGGUAUACAGCCGUCGCCGUUAGCUUUACUAGCAGCAACGUGUAGUAGAAUUGGUGAUAACUUUCAAGAAGAUACGACAAUAUUCUCUCAAAAAAACUUUUCGUAUGAAAAAGGAAGAGAUGAUAUUACGACGUUAAAAUCAUGUAUAGAUACAAGACCCAUUCCCCUCGUAUGCGGGGAACGAACGUUCGAUAUUCAACAGAAUACAUCUCCGCCCUACCCAGCUGCUCCACAAAUUACUUCAUCGUAUUUCCGAAUUAAGCAUGAAGAAAGUUUUGACUUCAAUCAGAACUGCGAAGGAAUUCACAUAUGUCCAAACGUCAUAGCUGAAGCUCGAAUGUUGGAGACACAAGCCCGUGAGUCUUUUAAUAAGUCAUGCAGCCGCGAUAGUAUCCAAUCAACGUGCAGCGAUGAAACGACGAAUAACAACUUUAAUUUUAAUACUUCUUCUUGUGAACACACAAAUCAAACACAACCAUCUCCUACAGAGAGUUCAUGUUUAUAUGAAAACUCUCCUCCGUGUAUAUCACAACAACCAACUAACUGCGCGUUAGAAAAUGUAAAUUAUCCUGGAAGUACUUUGGCACAUUUACCACCAGUAAAUAGUGCUCCCAAUUACAAUAAUGUUGACAGCUAUCAUCGUCAAAAGCAAUUACAAGGAUGGCGAAGUCAACCCUAUCAAAGAAACACAUUGCCUUUACAAAACGAAGAGAAAUCAUCAUGUAUGUUGCAUGAGGAUUACGAAAUAAAUACUUCACACUACAAUAACAGUAACAACAACAACAACAACCAGUCAGACAGGCAGCUCCGAAAUAGUUUAUCUCAUAUGGGCACAGAUCAACACUACCAUAACAUAAGACCUCAACAGCAACUUCAAAGCCCAGUAGUAUCACAACCAACACCAGAACAUUAUUAUCCACAAAACAUAAAUCAUUCACAAAACAUGACUUACUCGAACUUUAACUCGCCCAUGGACGUAAAACCGAAUCCAUAUGCUAUGCAACAAACGAGUAUGCGCCAGCCCAUUUCGCCAGGCUGCUUACCAACGAUGCCAAAUUAUUCCAACCAGCCAACACCACACGAAAUAGGGAGUAUGCAAGCUGAUCACCAUAUGAAUACAGUUAGUCCUCAUAUGUCUAACAUCACUGGUCCACACAUACAUCCGCCUCCACACCAUCAUCCUGUAGGAAUGCCUACAUCAUUCUGUAGCACGUGUACCAACCAGCAACAUCCCUGUUUACCCAGUCCUGAAAUGGGUACGCCGAAUCAAAUGACCGUUCCCGAGAUGCAGGCUCAGAACCUCGCAGAGUAUCAAUACCAACAACAACAAAUGUUUUUCGCGCGCGAUAACCGCCGACCGCGAAGAAUAGCCUGUACUUGCCCAAAUUGCCGUGACGGCGAAAACAAGACUGUUACAACGAAAGACGGUAAACAGCGCAAGUUACAUGUCUGUCACAUACCAGGUUGCGGUAAAAUUUAUGGCAAAACGAGUCAUUUGCGAGCUCAUCUUCGAUGGCAUGCCGGCGAGAGACCAUUCGCGUGCAACUGGUUGUUUUGUAACAAACGAUUUACAAGAUCCGAUGAACUUCAACGGCAUCGUCGCACACAUACCGGCGACAAAAGAUUUGAAUGUUCGACCUGCUUAAAAAAGUUCAUGAGAUCGGAUCAUCUAUCAAAACAUAUGAAAACACAUCAAACUCAAAAUAAACAAAACGCGAGUAAGGAUAAAAACGAAAAAACUUCGGAAAAAAAUGACGAUACGACAAAAACGACAAAAGAUGAUGACGUGAAAAAGAAGACGCCGUCGAAUUCGAUGGGGUUAUCAGAAUCCCUUAAAUUGUAAACAUACUUUAUAAAUUAUAUUUUAUUACAAGAAUUAAUGGAAAUGUUAUAUUUUACAGAAAUAAAAACUUAACUCUUCAA